GUGCACUCCCCCCGAGUUGUGCCUGUGCGAUAUUAUCACACACACCAACAACAGUGAUGUUCCUCGCCUAGCUGUAGUUACUGAAAUAUCAUAGGCACCUCAACAACUCUUCUUCAAAACUAUCUAUUGCGCAUAUGCAUACCGUGUGGCUUCGGCUGUGUUAGCGUACAGCCGAUGGUUGUUUUGAUUAGAGAUCUUCCAGUCAAAACGGAACAAUGGACACUCCAAAACAGUCAAACGGAGUAGCCAAAGUCACUAAAGCAAGCAGAUUCGCCAACAAACGAAAACAGAAAAGGGUUCAGCGACACCGUUCAGACGGAUUUGUCGUAGGAUUAGACUUAGGGAACUCCGAGGACGAGAGUUCCCCGGACAGAGGGGCCGGGAGUGCGGACGCGGUAAACUUUCUCCAAUGGAUCCGGAAUCCUACCAUCGCGAACCUGGCCAAAUUACGGCGGUCCAUUAAGGGAAAUGACCGUGACUGGAUGCAGGAGUUCCUGGAGUUUGAUGGUCUCGGGUUCCUGUUCCAAUGUCUGAAGAAACUUGGUGAGAUUGGUGGGACUCACUUCUCGGACAUGGUCCUGAGGAUGGAGUGUAUCAUGUGCAUCCGGGAAGUGGUCAACUCCCAAAGUGGACUCGACUGUCUGCUCACUCUUAAGGGCCGUAACGACAACUUAUUCGGGAGGAGGUUCGCUUCCGCUCUGGAGACGAAGAACCUGAUGGUGAAGAUGCAGGUGUUCGAACUACUGUCCGCACUGUGUGUGUACUCUACCGACGGUUACUACCUCACACUGGACGCCCUAGAGAACUAUAAGAUAUUCAAGAAACUACAGUACCGCUUCAGCCUCCUUGUUAAUGAGCUGCGGACAUCUGACUUGACCACUUACAAGACUACCAUCAUGGCGCUGAUCAACUCCAUCAUUGUAGCCAAUGAGAGACUCCAGGACAGGCAGCGAAUCAGGAAUGAGUUUAUAUAUCUUGGAAUCAACAGCACCAUCAAGUCCCUGCGCAUUGAGGACGACCCUGACCUUAAUUUGCAGUGUGACGUAUUCGACGAGGAGUACGGCGCAGAUGCAGAAGCCGUGGAGGAGAUGAGAGAGGCGGGCAAUGUCAACAUCAGUGACCCAGAGGCCUUAUUUAAAGCAGUCUACACAAGGGUUCGAGACACGCCCAUUAGUUCGUCUUUGCUUGGUAUCCUCUACAACAUGUUCCAGAUUGAGAGUGGAACGACCCAAAGCGAAGGCACGUGGUGUUUCCUCGAGAGAUUGACACAGGAUGUUCUCACAGCAAAGUCUGAGCAGGAAAAACUUAAGUUAAGGAACGCAUCCAAGCUGAAGCUGCAGCUGACCUCGGACAAACGGGUUCAGACAGAUGAUGCUGUAAGUCCAAAGACUCCACGCCACAUUGUCAGGGGAAACCCUUUAUCUACAGAGGCAUACCAGGGCGUGACGGAUGUACUGAAUGCGAGGACAGCCACCCUUCCAAACAGUUCCAAGUACUCAAUCACACUAUCAAAGCCCUCCAACACCAUGACACCCCCAACAGCACCGCUCGCUCCUCCUUCACCCGGAGGAGCACCACCACCCCCACCACCACCACCACCACCACCUCUUCCACCUGGUAGUGGUGCUCCUCCUCCCCCACCUCCUCCCCCUCCGGUACCAGGAUGCCCUGCGCCGCCACCCCCUCCACCUCCUCCUGGGGGAUGUCCUCCACCGCCACCCCCACCUCCCGGCGCAGGUCCACCACCUCCACCACCCCCUCCUGGCGGAGGUCCCCCUCCUCCACCAGGUGCUCCUCCUCCACCCGGAUCAGCAUCCCCAGGAAUUGGAUUCGCUGUCAUCCCACAAGUUCCACUUCCACCGACAAUAUCUACACCAGAACCAAAAUGCAAGAUGAAACACCUCAUGUGGAGCAAGAUUCCAACGACCGCCUUUAAUAAUGACAGUGUAUGGGGCGAUGUCAACAAGAUGGCUGACAAUAUACCAGUACAGUAUAAGAAGCUAGAAGAACUGUUUUCUCAGAAAUCCCUACCAACAGUCUCUGAACUGCGACCUGACUCCGGCAAAUCUCCAUUGGUUCGAAAACAUUCCAGCACGUCAGAGGGAGAUACACCGACUACCAAGGAGGAGAUUCCAGGAGGUACCACGAAGAAGAUCGCCCUCCUCGAUCCAAAGAAGAGUAUGAACGUGAAUAUAUUUCUGAAGCAGUUUAGAAAACCGAUAGAGGUAGUUAUAGAGCUCAUCAAGGCGGGCGACAGUCGGGCGUUCGGUGUGGAGAAGCUCAAAAGUCUUCAAAAGAUCCUGCCUGGCCACGACGAGGUAGAGAUGCUCAACAAUUUUGACGGCGAUUACAAACGUCUGGGUGAAGCGGAGAAGUUUUUUUCCCGCCUGAUUAAGUUGAACUCCUACAAGGUACGAGUGGAGGGUAUGAUACUGAGGGGGGACUUUAACGCUCAGUUAGGAUCGAUCCGCCCGAACGUUAUCACACUCAACACGGCCUGUAGACGACUGUUCGACAACGCUUCUCUCAAAACAGUUCUCCGUUACGUUCUUCAUGCCGGGAAUUUCAUCAACAAGGGGUGUGGCUCUGGGAAUGCUCUAGGAUUCCGAAUCAGUUCCCUCAAUAAGAUCGCCUCUACUAAAUCCAACAUGGCGCGGCUAACACUGCUCCACCUAGUGGUGGAGGAAAUGGAGGCCAAGGACGACCACGCGCUUGAUUUCGUAGAUGAUUUGAUGGACGUUUUGCAGAAGGCUGCCAGGUUCACACUUGAGAGUACAGUGAACGAGUUUUCACAGCUGAAAAAGAGUGUGCAGGACUUACAGAAACAGAUGGUUCAUGUAGAGGACGAUGUAAAAUCUCAGUUCUCGGACUUCCUAGAGGAUGCGGAGGCGGAUUUAGAGGACGUUGAAGAAGGAAUCGAACGCAUCCGUAAACUUUCCACACGAUUAGCACAACAUUAUUGUGAGAACGAACGGACAUUCAAGCUGGACGAGUUUUUGGAUACAUUCCGAGAUUUUUGUGAAAAGAUCAAAGCUUGCCAACAGGAAAUACAGUCUAAGAAACAGGAAGCAGAAUCCGCUGAGAAGAGGAAGAAAGUGAAGGAGGACAUCCAGGAACGCCGAAAAAAUACCCUGUCUCCUUUCGGACUUACCCAGGACCGUAAUAUUGUGGAUAACAUCGUCAGCGAGAUACGCAACGGGAAAGUGUUACGGAGGCUCUCACUUCGUAAAAAGAAUGGGGACUACUCUACUGCCAGGUCUGGAGGAAAGUGACCAAUGGGAGGACAGUUUACAACUCCUAAGACUGUGAUAAUCUCGGUGACAUUUAUCCGUGCAGAUAAAAUAAUGAACUCGUGCUGUUGUUCAAUGUCGAUCCGUUGUCUUCAGCCGAUUUGUUUAUCGUGUCUGAUCUCUGAAGCCAUGUAGAAGUUUAUUGUGUUCAAGUUAUCCAACCUUAUACAAUCGGUCUUGACAUAGGAAACCUAAAUAUGCCGUGUGUCGGACACUGUCGGAAAUGAUCAUAUCGGACCCAAACUCUCUAGUCUGUCAGCAUGUCUGGUUAUUGUGUAAUAUUUAUUGUGAAUAAAUUACUGAUAUUUCUAGAUACUU